CAACUCUACUUCACUGGGAGCAGCACAGGAGAGCCGCCAGUCCGAGUCCCCGGAUCACUGCGGACAAAACGCGCAGCAAACGGAGACCGGAGCGGAGCCCCGGUCACCGCGCGCGCCUUACGCCGCUCCGCGCACGACGGGAUGGUCAGGCUCUGGAGCCCUGAACGCGUUGGACUUCGCGAGGCGGGAUUAAUAUAGAGAAGUUGCAAGUGUGGCUUUUGCGCUUUGAAGAGGAUUUUUGGCCGCUUUUUUCUCCCAAGCGCGGACGUCAAGACUUUGUGAAUAAUUAGUUGCUGGAGUUUCUGUGAACAACCUGGUUCUGUCAGAACGCGAACAUCUCGGUCAGUGGUGGGGAGUUGUUGGACGGUGUCCUGCAGCGCCUGCGGCGGCCGUUCUGCUGGAGAGAAUGCAGAUGGAGGAUGCCGCCUGAGCUGGAGCCGGGCCUCACUGCUCUACGCCGCACCUCUCCUUCCAGAGGAAUGAGGGCUCUGCGGCCAUCCCUCUGGCUGUGUCUCCUCCUGCCUCUCUGCGUCACUCCGGCCAGGCUGCCCACCGCUGAGCCCACAGACUCUGCGUCCAGUGAAACAGCCUUCCUGGAGGACGUGGUUCUGGGCUUGGGCGACCCGCUGGAAAUAUCCUGUGAAAUAGAAGACCCCUCGGAGCCCAUCACCUGGUUUAAAGACGAUGCUUGGCUGUUGCCGACCAACCGAACGCGGGUCAGCAACCGGAUGCUGCGCAUCAUCAACGUGUCGUACGAGGACUCUGGAGUUUACACGUGUCGGCUCGCCCGUACCAACGCGCUGCUGAGCAACUACACCAUCAAGGUGACAGAUUCUCUAUCAUCUGGUGACGAUGAAGACUAUGAUGAAGAUCUGGACGAUGCAGGUACUGGAAAAGCGGCGGCGCCGUACUGGACCAAGCCUGACCGAAUGGACAAGAAGCUGCUGGCGGUCCCGGCAGCCAACACGGUCAAGUUCCGCUGUCCAGCGAAUGGAAACCCCAUACCCACAAUCCACUGGCUGAAGAAUGGCAAGGAGUUCAAGGGCGAGCAGAGGAUGGGGGGCAUCAAGCUCAGACACCAGCAGUGGAGCUUAGUGAUGGAGAGCGCCGUGCCGUCAGACCGCGGGAACUACACCUGUGUGGUGCAGAACAAGUACGGCACCAUCAGCCAGACCUACCAGCUGGAUGUUCUCGAGCGAUCGCCUCACAGGCCCAUCCUCCAGGCGGGCCUGCCGGCCAAUCAGACGGUGUUUGUGGGCAACGACGUGGAGUUUCAUUGUAAGGUUUACAGCGACGCUCAGCCGCACAUCCAGUGGCUCAAACACAUCGAGGUGAACGGCACUCGAUACGGCCCCGACGGCGUUCCGUACGUCAACAUCCUGAAGACGGCUGGUAUUAACACCACCGAUAAGGAGCUCGAGGUCCUCUUCUUGUCCAAUGUGUCCUUUGAGGAUGCGGGCGAGUACACUUGUCUGGCAGGGAACUCUAUCGGCUUUACUCACAACUCUGCUUGGCUGACGGUGCUUCCAGUUUCAAACCCCAAGUUGGAGGAUGAGUACGCCGACAUCCUCAUCUAUGUGACGGGAUGUGUGCUCUUCAUCCUGGCUGUGGUUAUUGUCAUCCUCUGCCGGAUGAGGAUGACCACGCAGAAAACGGUCCCCGCACCUCCCGUGCAGAAACUCUCAAAGUUCCCUCUCAAGAGACAGCAGGUUUCCUUGGAUUCAAACUCCUCCAUGAACUCCAACACACCUCUGGUCCGGAUCGCCCGCCUGUCAUCCAGCGACGGGCCGAUGCUGGCCAACGUGUUAGAGCUGGAGCUGCCCUCUGACCCCAAGUGGGAGUUUCCUCGGACACGGCUGACUCUGGGCAAACCUCUAGGGGAGGGCUGCUUCGGUCAGGUGGUCAUGGCUGAGGCCAUCGGCAUUGAUAAGGAGAAGCCCAAUAAGCCACUGACUGUUGCUGCAAAAAUGCUGAAAGAUGAUGCAACGGAUAAAGACUUGUCAGACCUGGUAUCAGAAAUGGAGAUGAUGAAGAUGAUAGGCAAACACAAAAACAUCAUCAACUUGCUUGGAGCUUGCACGCAGGACGGUCCUCUAUAUGUCCUGGUGGAGUUUGCCUCAAAGGGGAACCUGAGGGAGUACCUGCGAGCGCGGCGGCCGCCUGGCAUGGACUACUCCUUCGACACCUGCAAAAUUCCAGAUGAGCAGCUCACCUUCAAAGACCUGGUGUCCUGCGCCUAUCAGGUGGCCAGAGGCAUGGAGUACCUGGCUUCGCAGAAGUGUAUUCACAGAGACCUGGCAGCCAGAAACGUCCUGGUGACCGACGACAAUGUGAUGAAAAUCGCAGACUUUGGACUUGCCAGGGAUGUGCACAACAUAGACUACUACAAAAAGACCACCAACGGUCGCCUGCCCGUGAAAUGGAUGGCUCCGGAGGCUCUGUUCGACCGGGUCUACACGCACCAGAGCGAUGUAUGGUCUUACGGGGUUUUGCUGUGGGAGAUCUUCACCCUGGGAGGUUCUCCAUACCCGGGAAUCCCAGUGGAGGAGCUCUUCAAGCUGCUGAAGGAGGGACAUCGGAUGGACAAACCUGCCAACUGCACUCACGAGCUGUACAUGAUCAUGAGGGAGUGCUGGCAUGCGGUCCCCUCCCAAAGGCCCACGUUCAGACAGCUGGUUGAAGAUCUAGACCGGAUUUUAUCGAUGACCUCCACAGAUGACUACCUGGACCUGUCGGUGCCCUUUGAGCAGUAUUCUCCCACCUGUCAGGACUCCAACAGCACCUGCUCCUCUGGAGACGACUCCGUGUUUGCCCACGACCCGCUGCCCGACGAGCCCUGUCUUCCAAAGCAGCUGCCCAGCAACGGCGUGAUCAGGACAUAAAAGCGCCGCUGGGUGGGGGUUCCUGUCACAGUUCCCCUCCCAAAACCCCUGGAGGUCUAAACUCACCAUGCAAUACUUCCACAGCUCUUCUGCUCGUCUUAAACUUUUUAAACGAGGUUUUUUUUCUUCCAGAAUUGAAGGAAUUUUUUCUUUUCUUUUGCCAGUGAACCGUAGUCGUGCUCUUUUCGGAAAAGAAAGUAUAUUUUUUUACUCGGGCCAGUCUUUUGCUACCGCGUGUGGGGAAACCAUUCCGUGCCUACUGGGAAUAAACCUCCAGACGCUGAAGAAAAAAGGAUGCGAGGAGGAAAUGAUGGGCAUUUAUGAGUGACAGCGAGCAAGAGCCUGGUUUUUGAUUGGCUCUUGUCUGCACAGACCCCUCAGAUAGAAACAAAAGGUCUGAUCCAAAAGCAAAGGGAUGCAGAAAAUCAAAAAAUCGGCAAAGAAAUUUACUCCCGAAGAGAGCGUCUUCGUCCCAUCUUCAUCACAUGCAGCUUUGUUUGCAAAGCAGUUCAGGGCUGAUCACUAAACAAGGGUUCCAAGACUUUUCUAUCGGCUAUCCAGAAGAGGGUUUAGUGUAAAUAUAUAUUAGCAAAUGGGUAUCAUAUUGCUGUCUACAGCCAUGUACUUUAAAGACAAAAAAUGUAAGAUAAUAUGUGAGAAUGGAAGACACUGUCCUUGUAAAACAUGUAAUCAUUUAAAAGGUUUAUUUGAAUAAUUAACAUGUAUAUUUGUAAAGAUAUUUAUAGACUUAACAUGCGGUUUGGAGUCUGAAAGGUCUAGUGUAGAAUUUUAGUACUGUACACACAGAUUUUUAUUUCAACGUUUUGUAACUUAUUUUACAGCGGAACCUAUUGUCGCAGCUGGCGGUCUCUUCCAGGUUGUGAUCCAUCUUUUUUUUUUUUUUCUGUUUGUUUACAGUUUUAUAAAAAUGCAUUAUGUACGGGCGACAAGA